UCCGAGGGACACAUUUUGAGAUUGCACCCGGCUGAGGAUGGCUGAUACUACCUCUCAGCUAGAAGCGCCAGCACCUCAGGAAGUCAGUAGCGAGUUUAAGAAGCCCGUUUUGCCGGUGCCUCCCGCAGUGCGGGGUAAGGCUCCGGCCUCCAGUCCGUCGGUUCCUGAGGAUGUGAUAAAGGAAUGUCCCACGGCGCAGCUGGAUUCUGGAUGUGGGGAGCCGGAGGUCCCGCCACCGCAGCGGGACAGCGAGGAGACCCGGGAUCCACCGGAGGAGCAGCUCCGCUGCCCGCGGGUAGCCCCUGCUGCUGGCGGUCCGACCCGGGCUCCUCCAUACCAAGAGCCAUCGUGGGGCAGCCCAGCCACUGCCCCCUACAGUCUCGAAACCCUGAAGGGGGGCACCAUCCUUGGAACCCGCACCUUGAAAGACACGAGCUGCUGCCUUUUCGGGAGACUUGCCAGCUGCGACGUAUGCCUGGAGCAUCCUUCCGUGUCUCGGUACCAUGCUGUACUACAGCACCGGGGGUCGGAUCCCAGCGGAGACUCUGACGGUCGUGAGCAGGGCUUUUAUCUCUACGAUCUGGGGAGCACCCACGGCACUUUCCUCAACAAGACUCGCAUCCCACCCCGCACUUACUGUAGAGUCCAUGUCGGGCACGUUAUUCGCUUUGGAGGCAGCACUCGGCUCUUUAUCCUUCAGGGACCAGAGGAAGACCGAGAGGCAGAAUCUGAAUUAACAGUGACUCAGUUGAAGGAACUGCGCAAGCAGCAGCAGAUGUUAUUGGAGAAGAAGAUGUUAGGUGAAGACUCAGAUGAAGAAGAUGAAGCAGAUACCACUGAAGGGAAGAGAAAUACAAGUGGUCAGGAUGAAGAGAUGGGCUGCACGUGGGGAAUGGGAGAAGAUGCUGUAGAGGACGAGGCUGAAGAGAACCCCAUUGCCUUGGAGUUUCAGCAGGACCGGGAGGCAUUUUAUAUAAAGGAUCCAAAGAAGGCUCUUCAAGGCUUCUUUGACCGAGAAGGAGAAGAAUUAGAAUAUGAAUUUGAUGAACAGGGACACAGCACUUGGCUCUGCAGGGUGAGGUUACCUGUAGAUGAUUCCACUGGGAAACAGCUGGUGGCCGAGGCCAUUCACUCAGGAAAGAAAAAAGAAGCAAUGAUACAGUGCUCUCUGGAAGCUUGUCGGAUCCUUGAUACGUUGGGCUUGCUACGGCAAGAAGCAGUAUCUCGGAAAAGGAAAGCCAAGAACUGGGAAGAUGAGGAUUUUUACGAUAGUGAUGAUGACACAUUCCUCGAUCGGACCGGCCUGGUAGAGAAGAAGCGCUUGAACCGGAUGAAGAAGGCUGGGAAGAUUGAUGAGAAGCCAGAAACUUUUGAGUCACUGGUUGCAAAGUUAAAUGAUGCCGAGAGGGAACUCACCGAAAUUUCUGAAAGGCUCAAGGCGUCAAGCAAAGUUCUAUCAGAAUCAUCGUCUCAGGACUCUUUAGAUGCAUUCAUGUCAGAAAUGAAGUCAGGGAGCACAUUGGAUGGGGUGUCCCGGAAGAAACUUCACCUGAGGACUUUUGAACUAAGAAAAGAACAGCAGAGACUUAAAGGGCUAAUAAAACUUGUAAAGCCAGCAGAGAUCCCAGAACUAAAAAAGACUGAACUUCAGACUACAAAUGCAGAAAACAAAACUAAGAAACUUGCAUUGCCUCUCUUUGGUGCCAUGAAAGGAGGAAGCAAAUUCAAAUUAAAAACUGGAACAGUAGGGAAGUUGCCACCCAAGCGUCCAGAACUCCCUCCAGCUUUAAUGCAAAUGAAGGAUGAACCUGAGGUAGAAGAGGAGGAGGAGGAGGAAGAGGAGGAGGAGAAAGCGAAGGAGGAGCAUGAAGAACAAGUGGAGGACGGAGUUGUCAGGCUGCCUCAGGAGCCCGAGCCAGAGCUGGAAGCAGCAGUGGAGCAUCUGAGUGCUCCCUCAGAGCCCUCAUGCUCUAAGGAGACAAAAAGCCAUGAAAGUAUAUCUCAACUCAGCCUCAUGGAGCAGAGUAAAGAUUAUCAAGAGAUGGGCAAAAUAAUGUCAUCAUGUGAGGACCCUUCAGCAGCACCAGAGAAUGAAUAUAAAAAAGACGGAGAUGAGGUGAAGAAAAAGAAAUCUCCUGGGCCAGGCAAAUUUCCACCUAUACUUUCUUCCAAAUAUCCUGAGGAUGACCCAGACUACUGUGUAUGGGUCCCACCCGAAGGUCAAAGUGGAGAUGGUAGAACCCAUCUUAAUGACAAGUAUGGCUAUUGAUUCAGAGUCCCAAAGGAAGACCUUGUGGACCACAGGAUGUUUGGGAGGAGACAUCAAGUCAUGGCCAGGGAUUAGAUGACCAUUUGUAAGAUCUGGUGACUGGCUUUUUCUUCUGUAUCCCUGACUUCCUAAAACUACCUGCCCAUGGGAUUCUCCUGAAUUUCAGUGUUUAUAUUUGUUUGUGUAUAUAUGUAAAAAGAACCAUGUACAUUGAGAAUCAGUAAAGUAAGAGGCAUGACCCAUUUUUAACUGCAA